AGUGGAUAAAUAUAGUGAACUUGUACGGGUGUAAGAAUCAACUAAUAUGCACAUACGCGUAGUGUGUGAUAGGUAGAAGCGUAAAUCCCAUCACAUAAACUGUGUAGCACAAAAAUUUCACUCAAAAUUCAUGCACAUGAGAAUAUACAAACACACAUAUAUAUAUAGAUAUAUAGAUAUGUGUGUGUGUAUACAUAUAUAUAUACAUAUAUAUAUCUGUACAAAAAUAUAAGCUCAUAGUAUAAAUAUAUAUUCAUGUACAUAUAUAUGUUUUUAUAUAAAGGUCUAAAUACUAAAACCGAACUAAAAUGGGACGCGCUCGCUCAAGCUCUGUUCGAGCCAUGCCGGUACCUAGCGUAGAACCACACGCUUUCACUGCAGCGCCCAUAACUCCUAUGCCUGGAAGUAAUAGAAACAACAGUAAACAAGCUAUAUAUGCCAUGGAAGCGGACAACGUGGAUGUACAAAAACGAGAAACUCAGCCACCCCUGAUGAGGAAAGAUUCGACCAGGCCGGUCGGGCGUCACAUUUCGACGUUAACGAUAAAAGAGUGUAUAUUAAAGAAGAAGCAAGAAUUGU